AUGGAAACGAAUUUGGGUUCGGAUCCAACGCUUCCGCUUCUCCAAAACCACAAUCAUCAGAAGAACUCCGCUGACAACGGUGACCGGAGCCACCAAUUCACUCGCCGGAACUCGGUUAACUCGCUCAGAGCCUCCUUCUUCUCCGAGCUUCCCGAUAAGAUCCGUUCUGGCCUCGACUCCGAGUCUCCCUACGACGACAUUCACCUCUCCUCCACCACCGCCUUAAGCAAAGGGGAGGUAGAAUACUAUGAAAGACAAUUAGCUACUCUGAAAUCGUUUCAGGAAGUGGACUCCGUGGUGUCAUCCGAUUGCAUUGAUGAGGAAGAUGGUGAUGAACAAGUUCAACAAGAAAGAGCAAUGAAGAUUUCUAACUAUGCAAAUGUAGCAUUGUUGAUAUUAAAGGGUUAUGCCACUGUAAGGAGUGGGUCAAUAGCUAUUGCGGCAUCAACUUUGGAUUCUCUGCUUGAUCUCUUGGCUGGUGGAAUACUUUGGUUCACUCACCUCGCAAUGAAGAACAUAAAUAUCUAUAAAUACCCAAUUGGAAAGCUAAGAGUUCAGCCAGUUGGCAUUAUUAUCUUUGCAGCAGUAAUGGCAACACUUGGCUUUCAGGUAUUAUUCACAGCUGUACAACAACUGGUAGAAAACAGUCCUACUGAACAUAUGACCGCGGAACAGUUAAUAUGGUUAUACUCUAUUAUGCUAUUUGCCACAGCGGUGAAGCUGAUACUCUGGCUUUACUGUAGAAGCUCGGGAAACAAGAUUGUCCGUGCAUAUGCAGAUGAUCAUCACUUUGAUGUUGUAACAAACGUGGUUGGAUUAGUUGCAGCUAUUCUUGGUGAUAAAUAUUACUGGUGGAUUGACCCGAUUGGAGCUAUUAUGCUUGCAAUUUACACUAUUACAAAUUGGUCACGCACUGUCAUGGAAAAUGCAGUUUCACUGGUGGGACAAUCUGCACCUCCCGAAGUUUUGCAGAAGUUAACAUAUCUCGUUAUACGGCACCCUCGAGUAAAGCGCGUUGAUACUGUUCGCGCAUAUACAUUUGGGGUUCUAUAUUUUGUUGAGGUUGACAUUGAACUGCCAGAAGAUUUACCCUUAAAAGAAGCACACGCCAUUGGAGAGAGCCUACAGAUAAAGCUGGAGAAACUCCCAGAAGUUGAGCGGGCAUUUGUUCAUUUAGACUUCGAAUGUGAUCAUAAACCAGAGCACUCAGUUCUCAUCAAGCUGCCCAACAAUCAGCCUUGA